AUGUUGCCGUUGAGAAAGAGGCAGAGGGAGAAUCUGAUCAUUGAGGUUUCUAGCUAUUCCUUCACCGCAUUGAAGCCUGGCGUCAUCAUGGAACGAGAAGCUCUCGGCGACUCAGAUUGGUCAGAGGAAGGCUUUCACGAGUUGCUGAUCCCUCGCAACUCAAGUCCAUCAAGCCUCGGAAGCGUGGGGCUGACCUUUUACAAAGUGUUCAACGGGCCUUGCAUCGUAUCUAGUCUGCAAGCAGAGGUGCAAGAGGGCUCUUCAGUUUCUUUUCAGAUCAGCAGAAGCAGGUUCGGAGCCUUCGACAAGGUCAAGUUUGCUCGCCAGACCCGACAAGCUCUCGUUGCCCGAGGCAGCAGGGGUGCACACAUGGGACGGGGAGCUUUGACGAGUGUGGGAAUGACCUGUGCCAAAGUUGAGCAUCCAGGGCCGUUCAUAGUGACAUCGAUGGAACGAUCGGGAACAGCCUUCUCAAGCGGCCUCGUCCGUGUUGGGCAGAUCCUUCAUGAGGUAGAGGGGAGAAGCACGAGCGUGAUGAACUUAGAAGAACUCGACUCUCUUCUCUUGGGAAGGCCUGGCUCCCUGGUUCACUUGGUGCUUUCCAGCCAUGCGCUCGAUGUCUCCGGCAAUCAGAAUUACAUCGAAUCGCAAGUCAUCUUUCGAAACCAGCAAGGUAACGUGGGGAUGGAGCUCUGGAAGGGUCUUCAUGACGUCUUCGAAGUGCUGUCUGUUCAGCCCGAGGUGAAGGGGCCGGCAGACACCGCUCGCCUGCAGGCCGGAGAUGUCAUCCAUGCUGUAAACGACAUGAGGUCCCAGUCUCCUCCUCUCAGUCACUUGCUGAACCCGAUGAUCCGCCCUCAGCGCCCAUCUGCUGAGUAG